AUGGAAACAGAGCCUUCUGUUGGCUGGCCGGCCCGGGAGGGGGAGGGAUCCGGUGGCUGGCCUGCCCGGGCUCCUAGCGCUUGCUGCUAGGUUGCUAUGGAAACAGGGCCUCUCGCCUUCAGGGCCUCGGGUCUGUGAUCUUGUUGCGGGGAGGCCCCGGUGCCAGGGUCCCAUUGUUGGCUAUCCGGCGGGGUGGGGCCGCACUUUCUGGUCAGCUGUCGGGGUCAGCUCUGACCCGUGGCCCGCGCGGAUUUUUGUGGUAGGGCCUCGCCGUCCUGCCGCGCUGGUAGGCUUGCCCAGGGGCCUGCGGGCUUGCAGGAAGGCAGGGCCUCACUGGAGCAUUGCCCCAGGCUGGAAGCCUGGCCCUGGGCCCCCUGCUGUGAGACCGUCCGUAGCAGUUGCUGCUGCUGCUGCUGCUGCUGCUGCUCCUACUGUUGCUGCCCCCGCGCCGCCGCCGCCGCCGCUGCUGCUCUUGCACUUCUCUCCCCUCCUCCCCAUGAGCCUGCCGUUUCCGGACGUGCUGCUUUGUGGUUGCUGUUGGGUAGCUUGGUGACAGUGCCAGGCCUGGAAUUUCCUCGAAGACUCAUCUUUCUGUAUGACCCUGAGCAAGUCACUUAAUGAUGUUUGUCUCAGUUUCCUCAUCUGUGUAAUAAGUUGGAGAAGUAAAUGAUAAACCACUCUGAUGUCUUUGACAAGAAAACCCAAAUGAGGUCAUGAAGAUUUGGACAGGACUGAAGUAAGACUAGUCACCAGGAGAGAAUCCAGAAAAAGAGUGCUUCUGUACUGAGUGGCGAUUCCUUUGCAAGAGGGGUGAACUUUGGCCAGUCUGCAGCUGUGUGAGAGGGAGAACUAAAAAAAAGCAAUUAUGAAUAAAGAAGAGAAGUUUCUCUACUUGGGAAUGUCCAUGGACUAAGCCUGAGGAAAGGCUGGAGCAUUGUGGUGUUUCAAAGUAUGGUGCUGGGGAAUCCUGAAAGCAUUUAACAAGUUGAAGCUCCCUGGCUCAAAAAGUGUAGUCGCUCCCACUACCACUGCUGCAACUUCGGCCCUCACCUCAAGCUUUGCCUUGAAUCUACAGUCAUUGCCAGUACUUGGCCUGUUCUGCUUUACCCUCAGGUACCACAAUUCCAAAGUCCAAAAUGGAUCAAGAGACUCCCUCAUCCCAGAUCGCUGCAAACCCUGUGAUGACUUAUGCUCAGCUGGAAAGUUUGAUCAAUAAAUGGAGUCUGGAGCUGGAGGACCAAGAGAAACACUUCCUUCACCAGGCCACCCAAGUGAAUGCUUGGGACCGAACAUUAAUUGAGAAUGGUGAGAAGAUUACUUGUUUACACAGAGAAGUUGAGAAAGUGAAGCUGGAUCAGAAAAGGCUGGACCAAGAGUUAGACUUCAUCCUGUCCCAGCAGAAGGAGCUGGAGGACCUGCUGGCGCCUCUGGAGGAGGCCAUGAAGGAGGAAAGUGGGACGAUCUAUCUGCAGCACGCCGAUGAGGAGCGAGAGAAAACGUAUAAACUAGCAGAGAAUAUAGAUGCUCAGUUGAAGAGCAUGGCCCAAGACCUCAAGGACAUUACUGAGCAUCUGAAUAUGUCUGGAGGGUCUCCCGAUACCAAUGACCCACUCCAACAGAUCUGUAAAAUUUUGAAUGCCCAUAUGGAUUCCCUUCAGUGGAUUGAUCAAAAUUCAGUCUUGCUGCAGCAGAAGGUAGAAGACGUAUCAAAAGUUUUUGAGAGUCGUCGCAAAGAGCAGGAACGUAGCUACCGGAUCGUGUUUGAUUGAACAGCCUGGAACACUUGUUUAGUGUUGUUGUGUUGUUCAUUAUCCAUCCAUUACAUAAAAAAUUCUAGGGUAUAAACUUGAGUAAAACCCACAGUUGUCUAUUGUAGUUAUUUUUUGUUACAGUAAAGUUUGUGGGAAUUUUUCUCCAUUCUAAAUCUUAUAUGGUUUAUAAGAGAAAAACUAUGCUGGGAUUUGCAUUAAUGAUAUUAAAAUUUUGUGAAUCUCUUUAUACCAUUAAAUUGCUUGAUGUUUUUA